AUGUUGGUCACCCUGAUUUUCUACUUUAAUUUAUUUUUAACUGUAUCAAAAUUCUAUUACCUCAAAUUAUUAUUUCGGAAUUAUCUUUACAAUUAGCUUGAACAGUAAACCUUAAAAUUUACUUAUAUUAAUAUUACUUGAAUCGUUUCUGCGCAUCAGCUAACAAAACUAUUGUUGUUCAAUAUUGUAAUAAAUUGACCACACUUUUUCGGGUUAGAUGUAAAUUUUUCCAUAAACAUUUCAACUCCUCGUGUCCGAUAAAUCACUUAUAAAAUUUAAUUGAUUUCUUUGAAUGAUGCCAACAUGGCAUUGUAAUUAUUUAUUUUAUUGUACAUCUGUUAUAAUCGGACUAUAAGUCUAGCCACAGACGCACGGAAUUUACAUUCGGUUUCUGUGCGGAAUGACAGGUGUGACCGGAACGUCGCUCUACAAAUUCAUAGUGCUAUCUCGUUUACACCUGCCAUUCUGUACGGAAAAUUCCGUGCGUCUGCGUCAGGUUAAAAAGGCUGUCCAACAUUGUAAAUAAACCAUAAAUACUGCCACGAUUACAAUCAUGUGUGAUUUUUUUCGUUGGCAACUUCACUCUGUACGUCAUCGUCAAGUCAACCGCAAACCCAAAUGUCACAAGCGGAAACGUAGAUACGGCCGCGAAAAUCCCACAAGGUUUUAAGUAUUAAUUUAUUUGAUUGUAAUAGAGCCGUGGCCAUGAAAGCGACUCACGCUAUUACCCGACUAUGACCAGCGUCGUGACUAUCGGUAAGCGUUUGACGUAGUAUCAAUGAGUUAAAGUUAGUAGAUAAUUAGCAAUCACCGCGCGAUGUCGGGCCGCGGGCAGGACGAGGCCGAGAGCGAGUCCAAGCUCCUGAAGCGGGCGCUGAGCGCUGCCUUCUAUGCGUUCGCCUCCUUCAUGAUCACCGUCGUCAACAAAACAGUGCUAACUACGUACGCUUUCCCGUCGUACCUGGUGCUCGGCCUCGGGCAGAUGAUAGCGACUUUAGUGGUGCUGUGGGUCGGGCGGCGGAUCCGGCUGGUGCAGUUCCCGUCGCUGGAUAUGAACGUCGCGCGCCGCAUCUGGCCGCUGCCGAUCAUCUACCUCGGCAACAUGGUGACGGGUCUCGGAGGGACGAAGGAGCUGAGCUUGCCGAUGCUUACCGCGCUGCGUCGCUUUAGCAUUCUUAUGACCAUGAUUUUGGAGAGAAUCAUACUCGGUGUAAGAGCUACAUGGCAAGUGCAAGGAAGUGUUAUGGCCAUGGUGGGAGGAGCGUUGCUGGCCGCAGCCGAUGACGUCACAUUCUCAUGGCAGGGCUACACACUAGUCCUCCUCAAUGAUGGCUUCACUGCUGCAAAUGGUGUUAUCAGUAAGAAGAAGCUUGACUCAAAGGAGCUUGGGAAGUAUGGGCUCAUGUUCUACAAUGCAUUCUUCAUGAUUGUGCCUGCAGCAUACGUUGCCUGGCAUGUCGGGGACAUAGAAGCAUCAAUCAAUUAUGAGCAUUGGGGCGAUACACUGUUCCUAAUUCAGUUCCUAACAUCGUGUGUCAUGGGGUUUGUACUUUCGUAUAGUGUCAUGCUCUGUACACAAUACAACAGUGCCUUAACAACAACUAUCAUUGGUUGCCUUAAGAACAUUUUAGUUACUUAUCUCGGUAUGGUAAUUGGUGGGGACUAUGUGUUCUCGUGGCUUAACUUUGUAGGUUUAAAUAUAAGCGUGUUGGCAAGUCUUAUAUAUACGUAUGUUACGUUCAAACGUAAACCUCAGGCUGUGUACAGCAAGCUUGCAGAAGCGAAUGCUCGUGUGGAUACCGUAUAGCAGUAUCUGAAACAUAGGACCCAGUGCUCUACGUUCCUAGUAUAGUAUUGAGUUACCAAAGAACAGUGGAUUUUGUGAAAUCUCAUAUUUUAACUGCUGAUCAAAAGUGAACAACUAAAUUAUUAGAGCUAUUUAUAGUUGAAUGCUAGUAUAGAAGGCGAACUUCAGUAUUUAAGGUGGAAUGUUUUGCUGCCUUUUCUUUACAAUCAUAUGUGUACAAACUAAGUUAUCACUGUAUUAUUCUAUUCAUCU